AUGCUCGAUGAUCAAAGUUUGCCAUUUAGUCCUUCGUGGUUCCCCCCGUCGCCAGAACCAUUUCCUCAAUCAAUGGAGCUUAGGCAAGACCCUACAAUGGUAGAAAGUGAGAACAUGGACGAAAUAUUUGCUGGAUUAUUCUCUGUUCCAGCAAUAAGCGAGGCUACUCCCACAACGCAGCAACAACCACCAUUAUCCAAUUCACAUGGAUAUGUACAACAAUCUGAUGAACAAGGUUUAUUAAAUCCAAACACACUGAAUUCUUUUCAUGAACCUGUUGUUUCUACAAUGCAACAACACCAACAACCAUUAUCCAAUUCAAAUGGAUAUUUACAACAAUCAGAUGAAGACGAUUUAUUACAGAACAUGCUGAAUUCUUUUCAGGAACCAGGUGGUUCUGCAAUGCAACAACAACAAUUGGUUUGCCAUUCAAAUGUGUAUGUACAAGGAAACUUACCAAACAUACAAUCAGAUCAGCAAUACUUGUCCAACCAAAACAUCAUUAUGAAUUCAUUUCAAGAUCCAAAUAUUUCUACAAUGAUAAAUAUUGUUCAACAAACCGAAGAAGGAAACAAUGGAUAUGCACAUCAGCAGCCAUUGAUUGAUUCUUUUGAGUUACCAAAUCAUCUUCAAGAUCAGUUUCUAUCACCACCUGUACCAGAAAAUUACCCGUCGUAUCCGGCGUACCAACAUGGUCCGAUUGGUUCGCAUUUCAACAUGUACGAGCAGCAACCAACUCCGAGAGCUUUAACAAACAGAGAAGACGAACCCUUUCCCCCAAGGAUGGUUUCAGAUUUGGCUACGACAUAUUCUCAACAAAAUCAAAUUUCUGUGAUUCCUCCUCAACCUCGAAUGUCAUCGAGCUCGACUAGGAAUUAUUUUCAACAAAAUCAAAUUUCUAUGGUUCCUCCUCAACCUGGAAUACCGUCCAACUCGACUAGGACAUGUCCUCUACAAAAUCAAAAUUCUAUGUGGCCUCCUCCAUCACAAGUGCCUUUGAGCUCUACUUGGAUUCCUCAACAAUAUCAAAUUCCUAUGGGUCCUCCUCAACAAAAUCAAAUUCCUAUGCGUCCUCCUCAAUCUCAAAUGCGGUCAAGGUCUACUACUACUAGGACUCAUCUUUUACAAAAUCAAAUUUCUGUGACCUCUCCUCAACUUCAAAUACCAUCGAUUUCUACCAGGCAUCAUGGCAACGCGCAAGAGUUGGUAGAUCAGCCUUUUCCGAGCUUUAGACCCCCUCAACAAGAGACUUCUACACAAAUACGUCCAUGCACAAACUCAUUGACUACUCCUUUACAGACAAGUGCUAUUGUGGGGCGUCGAAGAAGAAAUGAUCAAAAUCAAUUUGUGCAGGGAGAAUCAUCAUCGCCUGCCCAAAGAAAGAGGAUCGUCUUGCCAAGAAGCAAUGUUGAUUCAAAUGCAGUCGAUCAUCCCAGUGAACAUAGGAUACAAAAUUCAUUAUAUGAUCCAACAUAUGAAAGCCUUGUUUUAGCUAUCGAUCCUAUUUUGAGAAAAUUCCAUUUUCAACGAUGA